AUGCUACCCUCACUUCUCUUCACCAUGCUGAGCGGUGCCGCUUUCAUCCAUCCCACCAUCGCCUCUCCAUCCGUCAUCCUUGAGAAAGUCGAAGCCAAAUCCAUUCCACCAGGCUGGUCAUUCGACCACAACGCCACCUCCACCGAUAAAAUCACACUCACCAUCGCCCUCAAAGAGCCUGGCUUUGCCGAAGUCAAAGCAAGGCUACACCAACGCCAGUUUGGGGGUAACAACCACCAUCUUUCGAGAGAGCAGCUCCACACUUACCUCCAGCCCAAAAACAAGAAUAUCGAAACAGUAAAAUCCUGGCUAAGGUCCAACGCAGGAGUCAAAAAUUUCCACGUCCAGGGGAGUUUGCUCUCCUUUGAGGCAACAGCGCGACAAGUCAAGGACUUGUUCUCUGCUGAUCUGAAGUAUUACACUUACUCUUCCGACGAUGACGACGAGAAUGUCCUCAGGACCACCGCUCUCAGGGCAUUGUCGUAUAGCAUCCCAUCCUGGCUCCGUGCUUACAUCGACUUUGUGCACCCCAUAACCAACUUCAUGCCCCCGCGUAAAGUAGGUCGUCCGACCAAAAAGCCAACUCCCAAUAAGCCAACCACCACCAAGAAAGCAUCAGCUUCAAGCGCAAAAGCAACCCCGACCAAGAAAGUAACCUCGACCACCACAAAGAGGACAUCCACUACCACCCCGAAGGUUCUAACUUCAACAACCACUAGAAGGACCUCAACCACUACCAUCAAAAAGACAAGCUCCUCUACCAAGAAACCAACCACCACCUCCCGGGCCAUAGGCAUCCCAACCAUCACCUCGGCGCUCCCCCAAGAAACCGGUCUCCCAGAUCCGGAAGAGCCCUACGAAGGCAACUACCCUUGCCUUGUAGCCACCUCCCCUCGCUGCAUUAAGCAGCUCUACAACAUUACCUACCCUCCCUACAACCCCGCCACCUCCCCCCGUUCCCCCAUAAACUUUGGUGUCGCGGGCUUCCUAGAACAAUGGAUCCUCCACGCCGACGUCGCCUACUUUCUCUCUCAAUACCAACCCGACUACCUCUACCGGUCCGCCACUCCCACCGGUCCAUACAACUUCACAGUCGAGCUCAUCAACGGCGGCAUAAACCCCCAAAACGACCCCGCCAAUGCCGGAAUAGAAGCCAGUCUGGAUGUCGAGUACGCCAUGGCGCUCGGGUACCCUACCAAUGUCAUCUACUACGUCACCGGAGGCAGAGGAACAAAACUCGACCGUGACGGCAACCCCCUCCUCCCCCGAAGAAACAGACAACGAGCCCUACCUCGAAUCUCCGUUCCCCGACCCUACGCCCUCCGAGUCUGCGAUUUAUUCGCCGCCCUCGCAGCGCGGGGCGUCUCGACCUUUGUCGCGAGCGGCGACGGCGGAGCAGCGGGGACAGGCCAAACCCGCUGCGUCAUGAACGACGGGUCCGGGCGAAAGAAAAUGUUCAUCCCCACCUUCCCCGCCAGCUGCCCCUACGACUUCAGCGCCGGGGGGUUCAGCAACUACUUUGACCGCCCCAGCUGGCAAGACGAGGCCGUCAAGCCCUACGUCGACGGGUUCGUCAGUCGCGGUGACCCACGGGUGGGGCUCUUCAACAGCACGGGGCGGGCGGUGCCGGAUAUUAGCGCUAUCGGGUCCGGGUUUCAGAUCAUCAUGGGUGGAGAAAUGAGCGAGGUCUUGGGCACCAGCGCGAGCGCGCCCGUCGUGGCGGCCAUGGUGGCUUUGAUCAACGACGCGAGGAUGCGCGCGGGGAAACAGAGUCUCGGCUGGCUGAACCCUCUGCUGUAUUCGGCAAAGGUGAGGGCGGUGCUUAGGGAUGUGAUGGUGGGCGAGAGCUAUGGGUGCCUGUUUCCUGAUGGCAGCACGCAGGAUGGGUGGCCUGCCGUUCAGGGGUACGAUUGUGUUACGGGUCUUGGUGCUGUUAGGCAGUUUGACGAGCUCAUGGAAGCCCUGCUGUAG